UUUACCCUUUUUGGCCUUUUGGGCCUUGCAAACCCUAGCUAUUAUUUAUUUAUUUACUUGGGUGAAACACGCUAUUUAGGGUUCUGUCGAGUAGAGAGAAAGAACGACAGUACAAACGAUGGCGGCGAACGGAGGAGCUACGGCGGCUGCUCAGCUCUCUGAGAAAGAAGCUGAUAUCCAGAUGAUGUUAUCAGCCGAUGUUCACCUUGGCACUAAAAACUGCAAUUAUCAGAUGGAUCGUUAUGUCUUCAAUAGACGCAACGACGGUAUUUACAUUAUCAACCUAGGAAAGACAUGGGAUAAGCUUCAGAUGGCUGCUAGGGUUAUUGUAGCAAUUGAAAACCCAAAAGACAUUAUUGUUCAAUCAGCUAGGCCUUAUGGGCAAAGAGCUGUCUUGAAGUUUGCUCAGUAUACUGGUGCUACUGCUAUUGCUGGAAGACACACUCCUGGUACCUUCACUAACCAGAUGCAGACUUCUUUCAGUGAGCCAAGGUUGUUGAUUCUCACCGACCCAAGAACCGACCAUCAGCCAAUUAAGGAAGGUGCUUUGGGAAACAUUCCAACCAUUGCCUUCUGUGACACGGAUUCUCCAAUGGGGUUCGUAGACAUUGGUAUUCCUGCUAACAACAAGGGAAAACACAGCAUUGGUUGCCUGUUUUGGCUUUUGGCUCGUAUGGUUCUCCAAAUGCGUGGAACCAUUCGUCCAGCUCAGAAAUGGGAUGUCAUGGUGGAUCUGUUUUUCUACAGGGAGCCUGAAGAAGUUAAGGAAGAAGGGGAUGAAGAAGCUGCACCACAGAUUGAUUUUGGCUUGCCUGCUCCAGAAUAUAUGGUUGGUGAAUGGACCACUGCUCAAAUCCCUGACGGCGCAUGGCCUGGUGAUGCGGAACAGCCGAUUUCAGCUGCACCUGCAGUUGGCGCUUAGUUUCUUCAAUCACAUGUAGUGAAAGUAAUACUUGGUAGUUUAGCUCAAACUCGAUAUAUUGACAUGAUUUUUUGUUCUUAAGUGAGAUUUGGAGAGGAUUAGGAUUUCGGACCAUAUUGGUUUCUCUUUUACUUCUCUUUCUUCUUUGUCUCUUGAGAAAUAGAGACCAUUUAUUAGGUGCCUUUUUGCCGGUA